ACGUUGAGGGCGACACAGCCAUAUGUAGGAAACGAGACUCUCGUCUCUCUCUCUCUGCUCUCUCUGUACAUCUAUGAUCUCUGGGUGCAAUAACCCAAUAACGAAGUGAGCUCAGGUUAGUACUGUUAAAUCAGAACCAAAAUGUACAGAUCAGCAGCAAAGCGGCUUUUCAAUUCCCUUGGCGCACCCUUGAGAAAGAGUUGCAGCAACCGUGUGAUUCAGCUCUGCCCGCUUCAGUCCCUAAUCAGCCAUUCUCGUUAUUCCACCACUGUCGACUCUGAGCCCUUUGUUAGUCAAAAUCCUACUUACGCACAUUCCACGUCAUCAACAGCCGAUCACACGCAGAAACCAAGAGUAGAAUACCAAGAUGAGCAAGCUCACGUGCUCCAAGCCUCACUUCAUCAUGUCAUAAAGUUGGGAUGGAGUGAAGCAGCUAUGAUUGCUGGUGCAAGGGAUGUUCGUGUGUCUCCUUCAAUUGUGGGAUCUUUCCCAAGGAAAGAGGCUGCCCUUGUUGAGUUUUUCAUGGAUGACUGCCUGCAAAGGCUCACUGAUACAAUUGAAUCCAGUACAGAGGAGCUGAGAAGUUUGAUACCCAGUGAACGGACCAGUAAGCUUGUCAGAAUUCGCUUGGAAAUGCAGGCCCCCUACAUAUCAAAAUGGCCUCAAGCUCUUAGUAUCCAAGCGCAGCCAGUGAAUGUCCCCACAAGUUUUAAGCAGAGGGCACUGCUUGUUGAUGAAAUAUGGCACGGUGCUGGCGAUGACGCCUCUGAUUUUGAUUGGUAUGUGAAGCGGACUGUCCUUGGAGGAAUAUACUCCACAACUGAGAUCUACAUGCUUACUGAUAAUUCCCCAAAUUUUUGUGAUACAUGGGCAUUCUUGGAUGAUCGGGUGAAAGAUUCUUUUGACUUGAAGAAGACCAUUCAAGAGGCAACAUACUUGGCAGAAGCAGUUGGUGCUGGGAUGGGGACCUCGUUGCAAGGAUUUGUGAAGAGCGUAAUUCGGAAGUAAAAACCAAUUUCACUGCAUCUUCAACACUCUCUCUUCUCUGGUUAGCAUUGCUGGAUGAGAUGUAGUGGUACUUACAUUAGUCUACACAAAAUUUAUAUCUUUGUCUAAUGGAGUUUGCUAGUGUAGCUGAGUUUUAGGGUGGUAUAAUAAUUUCUUUUGUAUGCAACCUUUUUAAUAAUAUCUAGUUUCUACAUGAACAGAAUUGUGUAAAUAAAGUUGCUUGGGAAAAAUGGU